AAGUGUUUUUUUUAUUGAAGAUUUCAAUUCGAAUUGUAUUCAUUUUUCACUUUAUCAAUGUCAUCAUCACCGACUAGUGGUGAAGAUAAAAUUCAUCUAUCAACUUUAAACAAACAACGUUCUUCGAUGAUAACUAUGGAUAGUCAUAUUCCUAGUCCAUCAUCUAUGGAUUCUGGUUUUGAGUCGACCGGUUCGCCUAUCAAUUCCAUGUUGCAAAAAACACAAUCAAUAUCGGUGAAAGAGCAAUCAACAUUGAAUAGUUUGAAAAAUAUCGAACGAUCAGACGAAUUGGACGUACAAACAUUGGCAACCGUUAUACAAGAAAAUAAUAAAGAAUACAUGGAAAAUUUGAAUCAUAUUAUCGAAACAUUUAAUGCUAAACUAGGUUUGACUAAUACCAAAUCGAAUGAACUGGUUGAUGAUCGUACUACAAUCACUGAUGGCAGUGAUGAUCAUGAACCAAUUUAUCGACGUUCAUCCUUGACAAAUGUGAUGAACCAGCCUUUAAGCAGCAACAUCAAAUCGACAACAACUGAUCGGUCAGUCAAUCUGGAUCGUGGUGUAUCUGGACGUAGAAAUUCAACACAAUGGCCAAUCGGAACGAAUCGUUCUUCACCGUUUAACAUUGGAUCUGGUCAUUAUCAAAAACAACAGCUACGACAUUCUCGAUUUUCAAAUGUUAAUCUAUUAUCAAAAUCAGCUCCAAUAUCAGACAAUUAUUUCUUUGAUGAAAUAAACCGCGAUAAUAAUGGUAAAUGCAAAUCAUCAUUCAUGAACGAAUGGAGAUUAGCCAAUAAUUCGGGUUCAUUUCUUAAUCCGAAUGCUAGCCAUUUUUCACCUACAGAUAAUGAUUAUCAACAAGAGAUUCGUUCGUCAUCCGUGCACAAGAAUGAUUCAACUGGUAAGAAAAUAUCCGGCAAAGUAGACAAAGGAGCGUUGUUCGUAUUGGAUGAAGAAUUUUUUGAUCGCAAAGAACGAAACUCGAAAAAUUUUCUCCAAAUGCUGGCUGAAACAGGAGUUGAUGAUGAUGGUCCAUUCGGUGAUUUUGAUUCAUCGUAUAGUCAGUUACCAUUCAUGAUGAUACCGAGUACGGCUAUUGAAAGUAUGCAUUCACCCGAUUCGGGUCAAUGUUUGAAUUCGAAUUCAUCGUUUGGUAAUAUUGUUGCUUCGUCAUUCAUUAACGACAUGAAACAGCAACGGUCAUCGACAACUAAUAUCUCUGAUGAUUCAUCAUUCUCUUUCGAUAAUGUGUUGGGUAAAGGUUCGAUUAGUAAAACUAAAGGAAGUAAAGUUGCCAAUAAUGAUGAGCAGAAGCAUAUGGAACAACAAUCGCAAUUGGACACUAAUCGAUCACUUUUCGGUAAUAUACAUGGGCUGAGCAGUUUGAUCAAUCAGCCUUCUGUUGUGGCAAGUGGCCAUUCAAGCUUAAUGGUUCCCUAUUCACCAUUAUCAACUCCUUCAUCUUCCAGUGAAUCAAGUUCAAUGUUGUUAGUUUUACAACAGCAACGUACUUAUAAUGCUAAUGCCAUUGCUUGUGUAAAUGAUGAAUUGGAAGUUCGAGCUCGCAAACAUCGAGAAGAGGCUAGCCGUGUUGAUCAAUGUCAAUCGAUAUUUUCCAUUAACCAAUUUGAGUUCAAAUCACAACGUUCUGUCACAUAUUCGGUCAAAGUAUUUCUGGGUGGUGUAUUAUGGGAUAUGACCAAUGAAGAUAUGUUGGAAGCAUUUCGUCAAUUUGGUGUUGUGGCCGUACAACGACCUGGUAAAGAAGUUCGGCCAAGCCGCUCAAGCCGAGAUCUAAGCAAAGCUGGCUAUUUGUAUCUCAUAUUUGAUGAUUCAACAUCGGUUGAACGUUUGAUCAGUGUAUGCAAAAUAACAUUCGAUAAUGAAGGCUCAAAAUUCCUUUAUCCGCUACAAUCAAAACGUUCAAGAAAAACCAAGAAUGUUCAGGUGAUACCAUGGGACAAAAAUGAUUCAUUCCAUUAUCGUCCUGGAUUUCCUCAUCACGAUACAAUGGCCACCAACAAUGCUGGAAACAUGCAUUCGAUGAUUGACGAAAGUCGAAUGGUAUUUUUGGGAGCUUUACACGGAAUGAUGAAUUCUAAAUCCAUAUUCGAAGCUUUACAAGAAAUAUUCGGUCCAGUUGACUAUGUCAUACUUGAAACUGAUCGUUUUGAUUAUCCAAUGGGUUUCGGUAGGGCUCAAUUUGCUACGACAUCUGCCUAUCAACGAGCUAUUAAUGCACGUUUUGUCAAGGUGUUGUCAUUACGUUUUAAGAAAACGAUUCAAGUUGAUCCAUUUCUUGCAGAUCAAAAAUGUUCGCAAUGCCAGAUUGAAAAUGGUCCUGUCUAUUGUUUUGAAUGUCGCCAUUAUUAUUGCCGCAAUUGUUGGACUAUGAGACAUAAUGAUCCUGGCAAAGAAUGGCAUAAGAUAUUGAUGAAAAAGGUUUCGACACCCAUUAAUGUUCCAGCUGCUAUAGCUGCUUCUCCCAAUAGCAACACUAAUACCAUCAAUACCAACAAUACCGGCAUUACAUCAACGAAAUCCCAUUGAAAAUUGCCCGAAUGUUUGCGUGUGUUUGUGUUUGAAUGAGCAAAAGAGAAUGAGAUUCACUUGUGAUUAGUGAUUAUAUAUGAGCUUAUUAUUCGGUUAAUAUUUUGUUUUAUCAUUGUUUUUUCGUUUAUCCGGUUUUUUUUCCUCAUUUCAUUGAUUUUUCUUUAUAAUAUCAUUUAGAUUAUCUUGUUCUUUGAGUUUAUUUUGUUUAUUUGAUUUAUCUCUUUUGUUCAACACACACCACCCAUAUAAAACAUUGAUAGCAAGAAAAAAAUAAAUCUAAUUUAACCCGUU